UCCUUAUAUUGAAAAAACCCUUGAAUUUUUUUCUAAAAAAAUUAAUAUAAAUAUAUAUUGAUUAAGUGAAAGAAGAAUAUCAAAGAUCAAUUCCGCGAAACAGUAUUCUUUUAUUCUGUUACUUUUUGAAAUCAAUUUUCUUUGCAUAUACAAUCCUUGUUUCAUAUUUCAGACGAAAACAUAUACUCAGCCAUAAAACAACAUACAGAAACAGACAUAUAUAAAAAAAAAUAUAUAAAAACUCUUUAGGAGGAUAUUAACACUGGGAUUUUGGCAAAAUGGUUAAGGAGGUCAAAACGGAUGCAUCACAUACCGAGGCAAGCGGUUUGAUAAGCGAGGCCGAAAUGAUGGAGCGACAAAAAGCAUACUUAACUCGACUGCAUGAUGUUUCUGCCGCCUGUCAGAUUUUCAAAAAGGCACUCGCUCAGUUCCGAGAUCUACAGGAAGAUCAGACGUUUCAGGACCGAUGGAAUCAGUAUCUUCGUUGUGAUGGCUUGCCCAAGGUUCGAUCACCAGUCGAGAUACGAACCUUCUUGGCCAAGAUUCAUCAUUUCGAACAAAUCGAAAACGAUAACUCUAUUAACUGGACUUUGGGAGUAGAUGAGCGUAGUAUCUUGUCACAAAAUAUUUUCCAACAGGAUCUAACGCGAAAGACUUUGGAAAAGUCGAGUACCGAUAAUCCUGGUUCAUGUUUUGAGAAGAACAUAAAAGACUGUCUGGAGGUCUUGCGUUUGGUGGAUAUUUUAAUGGACAACGAGGUGGAAAUGGAGCGCUUAGAAAAGAAAGUACAGAUAGAUCUCAUGGAGGUUUAUGAAGAAGUCCAGCGUGAGAUCGAAAGCCUCUAUGAUCGGCUCACUUAUCGGUUACUGCGCCUGCAAAACGUCUAUAUGCGAUCAUAUGAUGGGAUAGUGGGUAGGUGGAGCUACUCAUGUGAUCCGUGGCGCAUGGAUCUGUGGGGUCUUUACAACGUUCCAAUAAUCUUCAAGCAAUUGGAGGUUCCCGUCAUGUUGGCCGAUUUUGAGGCCACUGGUGUUGAGGUUCAGUUACCAAUGAGUGCCCUUUGGGAUUGCGUUACCCUUCGAUGUGUCCACACCAGUUUUGAUCAUCGUUCAGAGCACGCUAAGAGCUAUGAGGUACAGGUUGUCGACUCUUCCUUUAUUCCCAAUUCUGGAAUAACCGAUAUGGAGGAGUCAGUGGUUGGAGAAUGGUUAAUGCAACAUGACAUACAGGAGGAGGUUUUAGAUAAAAUGAAUCAAAGGCGAUUUGAUUACGAGGAGACAAUGAGAAUCAUUGCCGAGCGGACCGAACAGGCUGCCAAGGAGGCCAAGUUUAACAAAUCUGGCGAGAAGAGUGCUAAGAUUAUCAUUCCUAAGACCCCCAAGGUGGUACCCUUCGUACCGCCAGGAAUGUAUCCCGAAAUAUCUAAAGAAUUUCUAGCUCGCGAGGAUGAUCAAUACCAUAGGUUUCUGGACACCUUUUAUAAUCCAAGUCUUCUUAACCUGUCGGCCGAGGAGAUAAAUCUCAGGGAGUGUAUUAUUAUUGGCGGAACGUAUAAUAUAUCAUUUGUGCGACGACCGGAUCAAACGCAAUAUCAGAAGUUCAAUAUAAUCUUGCACGAAGAUGGACGUGUUCUGUAUGUCGUACCUGAUGUAGUGGCUGACGCUGAUGACAUACAAGUAUCCCGCGUUACUGAGUUCACUAGAAUGACCUUAGGUGCCACCCAGAUGAAGUUGGAAGAAAACGAGCUUCCUUUCUUUGUGGUAACCGUGAAAUUGUCACCAGAUCUCUGUAGAUGGGGUCAGCCCGAGGUUUGUCAGUAUUUGAAAGAGGUGGAGUCACCACCACACACACCGGAGAGGAAUACUUUGGUAACGCUUAAUUUAGUUGAUAACCAUCGAAUAACAUCUCAACUAAUCCAAAGAGAUGAUUUAAAUUCGCGAUCAAUGAGCACCAAUCUAUUCCAACCAAAUCUGAAAUCUAUCAUAAAGCAAAGUGUUAUCCUUGCACUGGAAAAAAGGGAAAAAGGAAAAUCUAUCAAAGAUUUUUCGCUAAAUAAGCCUUUAAAUAAGAUAGAAAUGUUAAAGUUAGAGAAAGUGUGCAUACCACGUAUAAUUUCGUCAUUUAAGCUACCAUCGGAAUUUACUGAAGACUUUCUAACAGCAGAAAGCUUAAAGGCAAGGCCAAAUCGUUUAGUGAAAAGACCUGAAACCGAAUUGACCGUGGAUGUGGAACUUAAACCGGAAAACUUAUCCUAUGAAUCACAGGAAAGACCAGAAAGGAUGUUUCCUGUUUUUGAACAUGUAGUUCCUGUGGAUUUCAUUCCUGCCGACGAUACGCUAACCUUUAAUUCUGCUGAUUUAACAACAGCAUAUGGAUUGUACACCACAUUAGAGAAUAUUAAAAGGAAGUACGUAAAGAGACCUCUGCAAUUGGUAGGUCAAACCGAACCCGUGACCAAGAAGGAUAAGUCGGAAAAGGUAGAUACAAAAGUUAUAGAAACCAGAGCAAGUACUAGGGCAUCGAAUGUAAUUGAUAAAAAUCUAAGCAAUGCAGAACUUGUUUCCCUAAAGAGUACAUCAGAUGUUAAGCUUACAAAUUUUGGAUCGAAUGUUAAACUUAAAAAAAUUAGUAUAGUAAAUAAAACUACAGAAAAUGCGCCGCCGAGACGAAGUGGUUCUGUAAUGAGGCGGCGAUCGUCGAGAAAAUCUGCCAAGUUAGAAGAACUGAAGUUGGCUCCUAAAAAAGAAAAGGCACCACCUGUUGUACUAGAACAUUGGACUAAAGAACAUAUUAUAGAAUCGAAGAUUGACACGGAGACUAGUACACUAACUUUUCGGACAGAUCGUUUGGGCAUUUUCGGUUUGGCUUUCAAACGAUACGAGCACUUUCCUUUCCAUGAUUGGAGUUUGCAGCCAAAUGAUGAGAAUCCAGAUGAGGUAAUUUUCUCAUUGGAUACCUUCCAUGUGCGAAUGGUUUUCUACAUCACAGCUCAGGGAGUGCGUGGUUAUGUCACUGAUCUUAGUACGGGAUAUGUGGCCAAGCCAGUAAAGUAUCUGGAGAUUGAGGAACCUAUUUCCGACUUCCGUGAAUUUCGAAAGUUACUUGUGGCAAGGAAUUUGAAUAUUUUUGCUGAGAACGAUGCUCAAUAUUACAUCACAAACGGUUAUUUCUCCAUCAAACAUGCGGCCACUGAGAUGCACGCUUACAAUACCAUGGCUCUGCAGUGUAAGCUGAUGAAAUUCUACCGAUCCAGCUGGAAUCGACUGGCCUUACGUAGGGAUGUCAUCUUGGAUAUGAAGAUUGCAAAGGAUAAUACGGAUUACUCCGAGGUCACAAUGCGUAUUACACCUGAGAAGACCACUUUUGUCAAAAUCUCCGAGCUGUGUUCGGAUGAUAUAAAUGUUGUUAAACUUCGCUAUGAGGAAACUUGGCGGAAUGUCAAUAACUAUAAUGACUUUGGUCAGGCCAUUUAUUCAUUAAAUCCCCAUACCCUAGAGGGUGCUAAUAAAGACGCAAUGCUAUUCGUCUCCAUUAAGAGGCUUCUAAAUUGUAUUCGUCCUUUAAGUUACUCCUAGGAU